ACCCUACCGCACGAUGGUCAUGCAACGAUGACGUCCAGCCUGAAGAUGGAGUCGAAAGGCACGCAGAUACAUCUGCCGCUCAUUGGCCGCGGCAGCAAAGGGGAGAUCAGCGACAAAGUCAUGUUUUCUGUCAAAUCUCCACCCGAUCAGCUCAAUAACGGACAACCUUUAGCGGGCUCCCAAAUGAACCUAUGCAAUGGAGGUGCCGGUACCGCUGCAAUGACAGGUCUGGUGCCUAAAAUCCCAAAUGAUCUUGGAGACCAAAAGAAGCCCAUGGCCGCUCUCACACAUCUUCCAAAGAGACCUCCAGUCGACAUAGAGUUUACAGACCUCUCUUAUUCAGUGAGUGAAGGAAGAAAGAGAGGAUACAAAGCUUUGUUGAAAUGUAUCAACGGAACGUUCAGGUCGGGAGAACUGACGGCGAUUAUGGGGCCUUCAGGAGCAGGCAAGAGUACACUCAUGAAUAUUUUAGCGGGUUACAAGACGUCCAAUGUCAGCGGGUCAAUACUCAUUAAUGGAAAGGAGAGGAAUCUUCGAAGGUUUAGGAAGCUGUCGUGUUAUAUUAUGCAAGAUGAUUGUUUACUACCCCAUCUAACUGUAAGGGAGGCGAUGUUUGUAUCAGCUAACUUGAAACUUGGUAAAGACAUGACGCAAGCAGCGAAGAAGAUUGUUAUUGAAGAGAUAUUGGAAAUGUUAGGUCUUGUAGAAGCAAGUGAUACGAGAACGAUCAAUUUAUCAGGUGGCCAGAAGAAACGCUUGUCCAUAGCUUUAGAAUUAGUGAACAACCCGCCUGUAAUGUUCUUCGAUGAACCUACUUCAGGGUUGGACAGUUCUUCGUGUUUCCAGUGUAUAUCAUUGCUCAAAUCGUUGGCAAGAGGAGGGAGAACAAUCAUUUGUACCAUCCAUCAACCGUCCGCAAGGCUUUUUGAGAUGUUCGACUUCUUGUACACUUUGGCGGACGGGCAAUGUAUAUAUCAAGGAAAAGUCAUCGGAUUAGUGCCAUUUUUGUCGUCGAUGGGAUUAAAUUGCCCUAGUUAUCACAAUCCUGCUGAUUAUGUAAUGGAAGUAGCGACUGGCGAACAUGGGGACUGGGUCCACAAAUUGGUAAUGGCAGUUAACAAAGGCAACUAUGGCCGGGGUCAGUCCAGCUCCUCGUCUACAUCUUCGCAGAACUACAUGUACAACAACUAUGGCAAGAACAACCAGAAGAAUGAGACCCUUGAAAUUGUGAUAGACAAACCAACCUGUACUGUGAUAGACAUAUCAGAAUCGACUCUCAACCCAGAAAAACAGAACGCACUAGCAUUACCUAAUCCAACAAAUCUAGCACCAGUGACCUGUACAACAUCUCUCCUAGAUUCGAGUGAAAGCGUCACAAAGAAGCCUAUCAAAACUGGAUUUCCUACAUCGGGAUGGAAACAGUUCUGGAUACUUCUAAAGAGAACCUUCAGAAGUAUUCUCCGAGAUCAAACACUAACGCAUUUGAGACUGUGUUCCCACACAAUUGUUGGGUUAUUGAUUGGUUUCCUCUAUUAUGAUAUUGGGUCUGACGCAGCUAAAGUUAUGAGCAAUGCUGGUUGCAUUUUCUUCACUGUGAUGUUCACUAUGUUCACGGCUAUGAUGCCCACAAUUCUAACAUUCCCUACUGAGAUGAGUGUAUUCGUACGAGAGCAUCUAAACUACUGGUAUUCGCUGAAGGCGUUCUACUUCGCUAAAACUAUCGCAGAUCUGCCGUUUCAGGUUAUUUUCAGCGGAGUGUACGUCCUAAUAGUCUACUUCAUGACCGGGCAGCCAAUGCAAACAGAUCGAGUUCUCAUGUUCACCAGUAUCAACAUCCUCACCGCUCUUGUCGCCCAGUCUUUAGGCCUUCUCAUCGGAGCUGGUAUGAAGAUCGAAACUGGUGUUUAUCUCGGACCAGUCACUACAAUACCCGUUGUGCUAUUCUCUGGAUUCUUUGUUAACUUCAACGCUAUACCAAGUUAUCUCCGAUGGCUCACUUACUUCAGCUAUGUGAGAUAUGGAUUUGAGGGAGCUAUGCUAGCCGUUUAUGGGUACGGAAGAGAAAAACUGAAUUGUUCUGAAGCGUAUUGCCACUUUCGGAUCCCAUCAAAGUUCCUGGGUGAAAUGACGAUGGAGCACGCGAAUUUCUGGGUGGAUUUCGGUGCUCUAUGCGCAUUCUUCGUUUUCAUUAGAAUAGUAUCGUAUUUAGUGCUUAGGUUCAAGUUGAAGAUGAUGCAGUAGAUGUUAGCACAAAGGCAGCUUUGUUGAUUCCAGUUACGGUCUGAUAACUAAGUGUUGAUAAAGAGAUUCGAUAUUAAACAGAAACUAAUAUCACGUAUUCUGUGUACACUAGAAUUUCUAGUACUUUCGAAAUAUUUCAAUGCACUUAAACUCCCUACUACGAUUAUAGAAGGAACGCUUUGUGUACGCAAUUUCUCGACGCAAGAUAAAGACGUUAGUGGAAAUUAAAACAUUUCAGACGGCGCUCAAAACGAUACGAAUGUAGUUUGGAUUCUUAUCCUAACUAUAAAAGAAACUACAAAAGAAGAAGUAAUUUCAUAAAUUAUGGAGACAUUAAAAGAUUAACAUCUUAAUAGCUUAAACGUGGAUAUAAACGUAGUGAAUAAACAUAAUUGAUAUCUGGAAAAUUCGGAAACCACGAGUAUAUCCCGACGCCGUUGCUGUUAUUUUGUCAAAGUCGUUGGCAAUGUUUAUAAAAUUUCGUAUUUAAUUCUCAUAAAUACAUCAUCAUACAAUGACUUAAAAACGCGGCUACGGUUCGGAAAUAUUCGUAAUUUCCGAGCUUUCCCGAUGUAUGAUUGUUCAUUCAAUAUAUCAGUACAUCCAGUGUUCAUGACAAAAAUGACCCUAUAAGAAUAAGUAAUUUUAAGAGAAUUUUUGUAGCUUAAAUUGUGACACCUGUAGAAGGAGAUUAUACAACGAAGAAAAAUAUAUAUUAAUAAUAAACACUGUAGAGCAGGCGGAAAAGGAAUAUUUAUUGCGGUAGCUUCGAACCGCAAAAUACAAUAAAACGACGGGUAAAGAGUCAGGCCAAUAGCCGUCGCGCCAAUAGCAAUAGCAGUCUUAUACUAAUUGUAACAAAAUACUUCGCUUGCGUAUUUUGGAAUAUAGGUAAUGCCAUCUAUUGGUGGCGCUCCAUACUAAAUUUGUAAUAGUGACAUCACAACACCAAAUUUUAAUUUUAUCGAAUCGAGCAUUUAAUAUCGACAUCGUUAAAAUGUAAAUGACUUCGAAACAUGUAUUUAAAUCGCAUAUUAAAUACGAAUAGCAUAAUAUGAUUUCGACUUAUUAAUGAACUCUAUGUCAGACGAAGACAAUGCAACAUAAAUUUCAUUCGAAAAGUAAAGUUUGAUGAAUAAAUUAAACUAUUUAUUAUAAUGUAGCAUUUAAGAAAUAUAUUUAUUUUAAUGUGAGUGUUGUCAAGAGAUAUUUAUUAAUGCAAAAAUAAUUUAGUUAGUUGUUAAACUAAAUUUGGAAUUGGAGUUUCAAAAUAAUUUAAUUAAUUGGCAGACUAAAAAAACUGAAGAG